GCAUGUCAGAUUUACACAAAAGUUUUGUGAAAGUGAAUUGUAAACUUUUAGUAGAUUAAUUUCGUAAUAUAAUUGUGUUUUCGUAGAAAGAUUUCUUAGCACUUGUGAUAUUUUAUUUGUUAGAGUGUAGUAAGAUCGCGAGAUAAUUAAAGUUUUCAAAAAUCCCACAAACUGCGUAAAACUUAAUGAGGACGCUUAAAAUAGAACGCCAGCAACUACAAAGGAGCAGCGCAGAGAGUAGAAGAAAACAAUCAUUGAGAAAACAAAAGAAUUGGUCCACAAAUAGUAACAGCGUAUAAAACUGGUAGUAUGCACUAAUGGAAACGCAAAUAUGAAUAAAAAAUUUAUGUAUUACAAAUAGUGCCUGUAAUAGUACCGUAGGGAUGCUAAUCAAAGCAGUACUACUACAUUUAGCAACAGCAAUUACAAUAGAGACGAAGUCAAAAAAGAGAAGUAGUUAACAAGCUAAAUAUCAGUGUAUGAUUAUCGGUUGUGCCUACGUGAUUUUACCACCAAAAUUAUAAAUGUAUGAGGGGGAAAGAGUGCUUCACUAAUCACCACAACAACGGAAGAACUUACAAAGCGCACGAGGCUGUGGGUGAUACAUAGAGAAAAGUGUUCGUUGAACGACUCGUACUUGCUUGUGCCUAAGAGGGAAUGUGUAGUCUACCCCUCUCCGUCCGCAUGCAAAGCCGUCUCGUCCACCGAAAAACAGAUAUCCAAACAGCUGCAGUUACUUUGCGAAACCAAACAUCGUUGUAACAACAAAUACAAUUAUAAUAAAUAGUUCAUUAUAAUUGCAUAUCAAUACGAGCCAACACCAAAAGGAGCUGUGAUAGUAGCGCAAGAUAAUGUAGAAGCAGUGCACAACGUCAACGACAAAAUACAAAGCGUAAGCUAAAAGGCAUAUCCAAAACUGAAAGAAAGGUUCCUUUCAAGGUUAAAUCGAAAGCAUUUACCCGUUGGAGGUCAUUAAUGUAAAGAAAGAAAAUAUUUUGAAACUAAAGACAGAUUAACUAAAAGAAAAACAGUUUAACUCAUAGUAAUAAAGUGAAAGCGUUGAGGACAUAAUUAUUAGGUAAGAAAAUGGAAAAAUUUCCACAGUGUGCCAUUUGCGGUACAACGCAGCAACUGUUGCGUUGCGCCAAGUGUAAGACGAUAUUUUAUUGUUCAAUCGCUCAUCAACACAUGGACUGGCCAACACAUAAACAGUCUUGCCGUAUGUUGGCUAAACAAAAGAACAAUAAUCGUAUUCAACAUCUGCAACAGGCGGUUGCAGCUACUACGCUCAACACGCCAACGUUGCCCAACAUGAGCGGCGAUAUCGACGCUGGAAACUAUCGCUGGUCCACGACCAUGAACGGUGUAGGCAUUAUAGGUUUUGGGCUAAUAGACGGCAGCGAAAGUGCUGAAGUAGAUCCUAGCAUAUUAACUGCAGUGCCACCAAUGGCUGUGAUGGGUGGCAACAGAAAUGAAAGUGGAAGCGUCAAUGAUUCAUCAAAUAUCAGCGCAAAUGACGGCUAUGAAGCUAUUUAUAAACAAAUCUCCGAUACUGGUGGUACAGUGACAAGCACAAGUGUAAUUCACAAUAUGAGUGCAGCCACUACCUCAUGUAUGCAACCUCAAUAUCAUCAUGUGGAUCAGCGUCUACUCUCGCCUCAAUAUCACCAACAGCAACAACAAUUGAGGCAAAAACAGCUUCAGCUCCAGCACAUGACUCCCACGCAAGCAGCAUAUUCGCCAACAUCAAACCUUAGCAAUCACAAUGCGCAUCACCAGUAUGAAAAAAGCUUCAGUUGCCAAAUUGGCAGUGGUGGGGGUGUGGAUGAAAAUGCUUUUGGAAAUGCUAAUGAACGCCGCUAUGAUGAAUUAUGUCGGAAUAUUAUAAAAGACAUGAACGAGUAUGGCUUGUCGGUGGUCGAUGACUUUUUAGGCGUCGAGAAAGGUCUUCAUAUUCUGAAUGAAGUGCAUCACAUGUAUGCAGCUGGCGUCUUCAAAGAUGGCCAAUUGGUGAAUAAUUUGCGUGAGGAAGAACUGCGCACGAUACGUGGCGAUAAGAUAACUUGGGUUAAGGGUCAAGAGCCAGGCUGUGAAAAUGUUGGAUACUUGAUAAAUCAGAUUGACGCGGUCAUUUGCAGGGCGAACGUAAUGAAAAACAAUGGUCUAUUGGGCAAUUAUAAUAUUAAAGAGAGAACAAAGGCUAUGGUGGCUUGCUACCCGGGUUCCGGCUCACAUUAUGUGGUGCAUGUCGAUAAUCCAAACAAAGAUGGUCGUGUAAUAACGGCCAUUUACUAUUUGAAUGUCAAUUGGGAUACGGCGCGCAGUGGUGGCGUGUUACGAAUUUUCCCUUCGCCUUUCAGAAUUUUCCCAGAGCACGGUAAUACAAUCGCUGAUAUCGAUCCAAAAUUCGAUCGGCUGAUCUUCUUCUGGUCCGAUAGACGUAAUCCUCACGAAGUACAACCCUCACAUCGCACCCGCUACGCCAUUACUGUAUGGUAUUUCGAUGCAGACGAGCGCGAAGAAGCGCUGAAUCGUAUUAAAAAUAACAAAAACAAUGCAAAAAUACCAGCAAAUACAACAUCAAAAAAUGCAAAUUCAACAACUAGGGCGACGGCGCCUACGAAUAUGCACGGCAAUUCAAACAACACGAAUACAAAUACCCAAUCACAUACAACAAAUACUACAUCGGCGCACUCCGUAACGACGACGACAACUUCGUCAUCUCUGACGGCCAUAAAUACGAACAUACCUGCAAAUGCGAAUUCGAAUGCGAUCAUCAACAAUAGUAAACGUGCGAGUAUAAAGAACUCAACGGCAGCUAUCACCGAACACACAAACAGUAGUAAUACGACGAAUAUUAGCAAUAAUGCAGCGCUGGCGAAUUCGAGUGAAAUUUGCACGUAACACCAUAACCAGCUGCUAUUGAUGUUGUUAUAAAAGCCUGGACUGACUGGCUGUGUAGUAUGCGAGUAUAAGUGCUUUUGGCGCGGUUGUUGGCUGUCGAUCUGGCUAUCAUGCAAUAAGUGCUGUUGGUUGGAUGCAAAAUACAAAUGAUAAAUAUGUGUUUUUGAAUAACUCCAAGAUUGCAAAAAAUAUUUGGUUAGUGGCCGUUCGGUAGCGGUGAUUAAGAUGUGUAUUUUCAUUUAAUUCAUUGUAAAUAUGAUUCAUUACAAUUAAGCUGACUUCCUUAAAACAACUUCAGCGAAGAGUUGACGAGAGUUGUCUGCAAUAAAUUUAUUUCAUUUUAUACAAAUAUCAACGCUAAUUAUGCAAAUGUGCUAAAAUAGAUAUGAGCUAAAAAAUGUCGAUAUCAAAAGAGUCAUAACUACAUAUAAUCAAACAUACAUAUAUUACAUUACAUGUUUAUGUACCUACAUAAUGCUUAUUUAGUGAUAAUUUUUUAUGAUUUUCUUAGGAGUUGUUUAAAUUGGAGAGCCUUAUUUUCAAAACCAAUUGAAUAAAUUCCUUGAAAAUGUAAUUUAAUUUAAAAAAAUAUAUUUUUUAAGUAUAUGGGUAAUUCCUGAAAUGUGGCAACAAAGCGCAAAAAAUUAAAAUUGUAUGUAGGCUAAAUUUUUUGAGAGCCAACAGAUAGGUGAACUUCCAUCUAUCUUGUGCCAAAAAGCGAAAUAGAAACGAAUGUUUGAGUUGAGUAGUUAUAAUUUCCGAAAUUAAAAAGAUGGAAAAUUUACCUGCAUAAAUCCCUAGAAUGAAGUCAGUUCUGUAUGGUUUACAACUAAUGUAAUUUCAAAGAACGCCAGUAAAGGUAUGAAGUGAAUACAAAAGUAUGUACUUUGUUUUUUCAAAUGGUAUUUUCAUUCAAACGUGGGGUAUUUCUUUUCUUCAUUUUCCACAUCGUGCUGAAAACAGUUGAUUUCCAUUUCACAGCACUGAAAUAAGCAGCUCACUUAUUUAAAAAAAAUCCAAUAAAUUCAUGUUUUCUAUUUUACUUAAUCAUCACACACCCACACUCACACACACAUGCAUAUGAAGCUAUUGUGCAUUGCGUAUGUAACUUAAGUGCUGACGUGCGUAAUGGCAGGCAAGCAAAAGUAAUAAAUAGCAGGUAGCUAGGAAAAAUUAGCAACAACAAAACUGUAUGUAAUAAGAAAAAUUAAUGCUUAAAAAUAAAGAGCAUACAUAUGUUUUGUACACUAACAUGCAAAAAACAGCCGCCCUCUUGUUUCAACGUAAAUUUCUAACUUCGAGCACUUUUUAUUAAUUGGAAAAUCCCCUAUGUAACGGAAUAUAUGUAAGGUGUUUCUAAAUGAUUUUUAGUUCUGCUGCCUAUUCAUUAGUAUUUUCUGAAGUAUUUCUAGUCCCAUAUAAUAUUGAAAAAAAAAAAUAAUAUAGGUCACGUAAAAUCUGCAAUAUAGAUUAGAAUUUCAACUUGAAGCUAAAUAAAAGAAAAAAAAAUAGUACAAAAGUCAGUGAAAAUCCAGCAAAAGCUUAGUUAAAAAUUACUAUAUAUAUGUAUAUUAUUUUAAUGCCUCUACACUAUGAAGGGACAAAAAAGGAUGGCUUCGAAAUUUUCAAUAGUAUCGAAAUGUGAAAGUCACAACUUUUGUUUGAGCUAACGUGCGCCUGUUUUCUACAUAUGCAUGUAUAUGAGUAUAUGUGUGCGUGGGCCGAGAAUAUGUUGUAAACGAUAAAGUGAAGUUAACAGAGGUGGACUUUUAUCUUCAACAUCCGUAUGUAAUUAUUUUUAUUAUUAUAAACCUACAUUUACAAUUAAGAGUACUUGCAUAAAUACAUAAAUAUUUAGUCUACUAAACUUAGUUACCUUGUAUUAUUGUAUAAUGAUUAAAUAUGUUAAGUGCAUGCAUACGUAAGUAUAUGAAAGAAAGCCUGUAAAAAGCGAAAAAGUUCUGUAAAAAUGUAUGUAAAAAAUCGACCAAAUUGAUCUGCUAAAAUGCUAAAAUAUAUAGUGUAUAAAUAACUUAUUAUUUAAAUGAAAGCAAAA